AUGCGGCCUGCCGCGAUCGCCGCAUGUGCUCGAAUAUCGAAUCAAAUUGAGAUGGAUCAUUCGGAUUUUGACGUUUCUUCACAAUACGAUUCUACCGAUGAUAUGGAUGAUGAAGCGGUUGGAACAGAAGCGAGCGAAAGGCGAAGAGAGUCCAUCUCUCUCCUGAAUGGUGUUUCCGACCUAUUAGGUGUCAAACGUAUCGAAGACGUUCGCAAUCGAAAUAUACUCCGUACUCAAACGGACAAAGCUGUUUUAGCUAUUCGUCGGCUAGCCGAGAACACUUUGGACAGUGGUGAUCGAGAAGCCCCGCAAGACUGGUUGACGGCAGAGUACACUUUGGAUGAGGCUGAUGAAUUAAUUAAGGGUUUCAAGCAUCUCGUUGAUUCCAGUGAUUAUACGGAACAAAUUCGACUCCUUACAUUGGCUCCGUCUGGAUGGGGAAGAGCCAAGAUACAAUUGUCUUUCAACUGUUCGCAGCGACAAGCUCGGUAUGCUGUCCAUCUGCGCGAUAGCGGACGCAAACUGCACUGCCCUGUUGAUCUUCGUGGCAACAUGCCAUUUGAUCCUCAGAUCGAAAAGCAAAUUUUCGAAUUUUACCAUGACGAUCUGAUCAGUCGAGUGAGAAUUAUUCGAUUUGAAUUCUAA